AUGAGCUUCAAUGGCGCCUCUCUCAAACACAAGCGUCUGCUUGACCUUGUCCGUGCAUGCUCAAGGAGUGGUUCUCUUGACGCAACGAAGACCCUCCAUGCGCUCACCCUCACGUUCGGACCCUAUUCGAGACAACCCAUCUUCCUCUACAAUAAUGUCAUCUACCUGUACGCGGGUCUCGGCGAAUUGUUCGCCGCCCGCAAGGUGUUUGAGAGUAUUCCCCAGAGAAACGCGGUUACGUUUAACACUGUCAUUACCGCGUACAGUCGAUGUGGAGAUGCGGAGGAAGCUUUGGCUGUUUUCGCCGAAAUGAGAGGUCGUGGGUUUGGUCUGACCCAGCACUCGUUGGCUGGGCUGUUGUCCUGCGAGGCGUUGGACUUGAGUUGUGGGAUUCAGUUGCAUGGGAUUGCGAUGAAGAAUGGGCUUAUUGAUGCCGACCCUUUUGUGGGGACUGCUUUGCUGAACUUGUACGGGAGGCAUGGCAGUUUGAAUGAUACUAUUGGGGUCUUUGAAGAUAUGCCUUCAAAGAGCUUAGUGACUUGGAACUCCAUGCUGACUUUGUUUGGGCAUCAUGGAUAUUCUGGAGAUUGUGCAUGUUUAUUCCGAGAUAUAAUGAGAGAAAACUGUGCCUUGUCUGAAUGCACUUGCAUGGGCAUCUUGUCAGGGUGUUCAUGUGAACAAGACUUGGGAUUAGGAGAACAGGUACAUGGUCUUGUGAUAAAAAUUGGAUUCAAGUCAGUUUCCUCAAUUGAGAAUAUGUUAAUGAAUAUGUACGUUAAAUGCCAAUUCGUUUGCUUGGCGGAGAAAGUGUUCAAGGAGCUGCAUGUUCCAGAUAUUGUUUCAUGGAAUAUAAUGAUUGGGGCUUGGGCAAAGACUGGAAAACCUGAAAUAGCUUUAGAAAUCUUUAGUAGAAUGUCCAGGGACGGGCUCUUGCCUAACCAAGUGACUUUUGUAGGUACUGUCAACGCCUGUACUGGAUUUGAUGUCCAAGCUUAUGGAGAGUUUAUGCAUGCUAAGAUUAUUAGAAAUGCUUUUGAGUCUGAUGUUCUUAUAGGUAGUGCUUUGGUUGACUUUUACGUGAAGUUUGAAAAUCUCGAAGCUGCCCAUCAAUGUUUCAAUGAAAUUCGUGAGAAGAAUGUGGUCUCUUGGACUGCUUUGAUAUCCGGGUAUGCAAAUAGAAAAUCCUCUACUUCAUUAUAUUUACUGCAAGAGAUGAUUAGAUUGGGGUUCCAACCAAACGAGUGCUCAUUUUCUGCUGUUCUCAAAGGAUCAUGUGCUCCAGAGCUACAGCAACUACAUUGCUUAAUUACAAAAAUGGGCUAUGAAUGCAAUGACUACGUCUGGAGCUCUCUAAUUACCUCAUACACCAAAAAUGACCUCAUAUCUGGUGCCAUGGCCUUUGUAACUGCUCCUGAUGAACCGCGUUCUGUUGUCUCUAGCAAUGUCAUUGCCGGUCUAUAUAACAGAACAGGCCAGUUCCAUGAGACACUGAAGUUGCUCUCCGCACUUGAAGAGCCUGAUGUUGUGUCCUGGAAUAUUGUUAUUGAAGCCUGUGCUCGCAGUGGUAAUUAUAGAGAAGUUUUUGAACUUUUCAGCUCUAUGCAGAUGUUUGGAGUUCAACCAGACAAGUACACUUUUGUUAGCCUUUUAGUUGCAUGCUGUAAGCUUUACAACCUUGCUACUGGGAGUUCUGUCCAUGGUCUGAUGAUAAAGAUGGAUUUUAGUCGCUGUGAUGCUAUCGCGUGCAAUGUUCUGAUGGACAUGUAUGGGAAGUGUGGAUGCAUCGGGAACACAGUAAAAACUUUUGAUGGAAUGUCAGAUAGAAAUAUCAUCUCUUGGACCUUGCUGAUAUCUGCUCUUGGAACAAAUGGUUAUGCCAGUGAUGCGUUAGAAAGGUUUAGAGAGAUGGAAUCAGAGGGUAUUCAACCUGACGGUAUUGCUUUCACAGCAGUGCUUACUGCAUGCAGACAUGGCAGGUUAGUAAGAGAAGGGUUGGGGUUGUUCCAGUUAAUGAACACUUAUUACAAGGUGGAACCUGAGAUGGAUCAUUACCAUGGCGUGGUUGAUUUAUUGGCCAAAAAUGGGCAUCUUAAAGAAGCAGAGGAAAUGAUUAUGAGCAUGCCUUUCCCACCAAACGCACUAGUCUGGCGCAGCUUUCUUGAUGGCUGCAAGAGGCUGCAUAAAAAUCAAGUGCUGGAGCUAGCAGAGUGAGGAUUACAUUCUCGUGUAUUCCAUAGAAUGUAUGCUGAGGUUGUUAAGUCCAAAGCAUGCAACCUCAAUAACUUAAAAGUCGUACCAUCCACCUGCCACCAGAAUGUCAUUGCCAGAAGAGUAUUGCCACUGAGGUUUGCAAUGAGGCCAAUGAAGUGGUGUUAAGUCUCAGAAAAUGUGGAGAUAUGCAGACGACUAUAACUGCACAACUUGUGGAAGUUACUUUUUAUUUAGAUACCCAGUUAACUGAAGGUGCUCAGCCAUUUUCUGUUGUCUUAGUGCAAAGUGACCGCCCUGAAGGACAUGCACUUUGGCAUCUAGAUAUUAUGUCGACCCACCUUCACUCCGUCUGCCAGUUCAUGGCCGAACUGGAGUCUGUAUUCAUCCUUUCUCUGUCCUGAACGAUUUUUGGGUAAAUCUUUCUUGCAAAGGCAUCGAAAGAGAGAUGGUGAACUACAUGACAAUGUGUUAUUAUGUCAGACUUUCUCAAUUCCUAUUGCUUCCCAAGUAAUUGAAGCACAUUGAGUCGUGUGCAAUGUAUGUAUUCUUAUUGUGCUAAGUGUUAUUCAGCUGUGAGUCGUACAAAUGAGCAUCACUACGACUUGAGUGGAUAUGUUGGGAGC